AUGAAUGUUGAUCUUACUCGUGGCUACCUCUUUCGAUCAACCACACCUAAUGGCGGAAUUCAGAAUGUUUCAUUUACAUCGGCAGCUGCAGAGGCUAGAUUCAAGAUCUAUUUGAAAGUCAUGGGUACUGAUGAAGGUGAAACCCUACAUGGUUUUAGAGCUGGUUGUGCUAUCACAUUAGCCAUUACUGGGGCUGAUUUGUGUGAAAUCAUGGGGCAUGUUGGUUGGAAUCGUCGCCACACAGCUCCCUACUAUAUGCAGCUGGCCAAAGUUUUGCGCCCUGAGGGUGUAUCGAAACAUUGGCUGAUCUGGAUGUUAUCAACGUU